AUGAAGUCAUAUUUUGAAUCGAGGGACAAUAAUUCUUGGGUAAAUCGCUUUUAUUGAUUAACAAAUAUUAAAGAAAAAUAAUACACAGUCCAUCUAACUCGUUUUUCCCGAGAUUCGUCGCCAGAGAAGUUUUGUUUCAAACUGGGAAUUCAGAUGAUCCGUCAACUGGCCCAGGAUCCUGGGGUUUCAGCCGCUCUGAGCUUGGGAAUGAUGUCGAUCCGUCGAUUUCCCAGACUCAAUCGUUGGCACAGCAACGGCGGCGUCACUCAGAACGAAUACGAAUCGGCAGCCGAACAAUCUCUUCACAAGUGAUUUCCAUUCAAGUAUUUCUUCAAUGUUACACCAAAGAAGUUCAGCGCUGAGGUUCUUCGGAGGAAUUUGAGAAAUCGAAAUUAGUUAAAAAAGAAACUCUUGGCUAUAAAAAAUUUGAUCAUGGUACUAAGAUCCAACCUUAUGCUCUAUAAAUUUUUCAAUGAGCAUUCUGAUUUCAUUUCAUUUUUUUGAAUUUAGUUGUACUUUUUUUCUGAAGCCGAAUGCAAGAAAGUGGUGUAAAUACGUUUGCCCAAAAUGGUUAUAGUCGGUUCAGAUUUUGCAUGUCAAGUCGUCGCUCAAGCUCCGCCCCUAAUGGCGCGAUAAACCAAUAAGAGAGCGAGCCAUCUGCAGAGUGUUUUUGAAUGACGUCAUUGCACUUGAAAUUAAAAUUAUGAACAGACUAUAUUGGCUCAGAACAUGCUUUUCAGAAGUCGAAUAGAAUAUAUAUAUAUUAUGGAAUCGUUAAAGGCACAUUAAAAAGCCUUUUUUUCAACUAGAAAGCAACUUAACGUAGGUAAAUAUUGAGCUGGUUUCACAGAUUGACGGAUUACUUCGACUCUCUUGCCGACAAUUAUCCUGUUUCCUCGCAAUACGACGUUUCACACGCUAUGGGCGUUUUGACCGUUACCGUAUCGAAGGAUGUCGGUUCGUUUUCUCUUUUCAUUUUGUUGAGGACUUUGAAAUUUUAGGUACUUAUGUCAUAAACAAACAAUCGCCUAACAAACAAAUUUGGCUUUCGAGCCCUGCAUCUGGCCCCAAACGCUACGACUUAAUAUCUAAAAAGUUUUCUAAUUAUCGAAAUAUUAAUCAAUCCCUCGUUCAGAUGGGUUUAUACACACGAUGGCGAAGCCUUAGAUGUUCUGCUCACCAGAGAAUUCAGAAAGAUUUUUUUGGAUCUGAUAACAUAG